GUUGGCUCGAUGCCAAGCUGAGGGGAGCCUUUCUUUAAUAGUUAGCGUAUGCCCGGGCACGCACAGUCUUGCUCACAAACUCCAACUGCAGUUCAUGUUCCAAAGCUCAAAGCUCCUUCCUGGCUUAGAUUUGGAGAAAUUCCGGAUCUAUCUGGAUAUCUGGCUCAUGAUUAACUGUUGAGAUUAAUUUUUCUUGACGCCCUGCAAUGGUGGGUCACUUAAACUUGCAAGACAUGAACGAGAACUUUGAGAUGAAAUGUAAGAAGCGGGAGUGUUUUCUGGGCAGUCCUGACUCUGGGCUCCCUCCCAGCCCCAGUCCACUUUUCUUUGCCCUUUCUCCAAGGAUUCCUGAGGACAAAGGAAACCCAACAGCUUCGAGAGUCAGUGCAGCACCAGCUGCAAGGAGCCGAGAGGGCAAACUGAUUCCAUACAUCACCCUGACCUCACCCCUAAUUGAUCCGAGGCGCAGAAUGCAGCCCGUGUCCUUCGGUGAGAGAAUCGAGGUCAACUGCGAAUCAGCACAGGAGAUCCGCUGUCACUCUGUUGUGAAGAAUGACUCCGAGAAACACUACCGGGACUGUGUCUAUUAUGAAACCGUUCCAACCAUCACCUCCUACACCGAAACCAUCAUCACCGCUCCCAACUGCACUUGGAGGAAUUAUAAAUCACAGCUUUGGUUCGAGCCUCAGCAGAAACCUCUUCGAUUUGAGAGCACAACCAUCAUUUUCCCGAAACAUGCAAAGAACAUUUUCAGGACCACACUGAGCUACAAUCCUGGGCGGAGCAACAGACGUUUCACAUCCAGUGUUUGGCUACAAACCAUUGAGAUGGUCAAACCUUGCUUCAUCUACAUGGAGGACCUGUGACCUCUGACCUGGCAGAUUCCAAUAGCCUCAUCUGAUGGAGCAUCACAAUCCCUCGCUCAGGCUCUUAUUAACCUGUAUGUCUUGUAUAAUUAAUACCGCUUACUCCAAGGGUCUUAUUACAGUUUAAUAAAAUAAUUCAUUGUUCAGAAA